UAUAAAUUUUUUGAUUCUUCGUUCUUCUUUCGUGCGUUUGCUGCAUCAACCUUAACUACAAGUUAUGCACAUUAAUCAAUUUGUUUUUGGAUUUUCUUUUUGUUAAUUUAUUAUUAUUAUUAUUAUUAUUAUUAUUAUUAUUUGUUUUCCUUAUUCGUUUUGGGUUUAGUUUAGCGGUGAGUUGCACUGUUGCUUAAAGUGACUAGCUUAUGAAACUUGUGCUUCCUAGAGUGUGUGUAAGUGUACUGAAUAAUUUUUUAGAUUUUAGAGUACUUGUAAUCAGUGGUUAUCUAUGUUCUAUUUUUUGUAAUAUAAUUAGAUAAGAUUAGAUGAAAUUCACAUAAAGAUGCUGAGAUGACAUCUAUAUUCACUUAUGAUAGUUGGCCACUGAUAUAGGGGUGCAUUUGUUUCUGAUUUUCAAAAUAGUGAUUUUACAACUUGAAUUUUUUUUAAUAAAUUUGUAAGAAUGUUGAAAACUGAUUUUAGUUAGAAGCUACCCUGUUUAGCUUUUACCAAAAUCCAAAAAGAAGGAAAAAGCUCAAAAACUGAUUUUUAUUUUUUUUACAUUCUGGUUAUUUUCUAAAUUUAUACAAAUAUGUGAAAAAGUUUUGUCAGAGAAAGUUAAAACAAGCACAUCCAUAGUGUCAAGUUUGUAUUUGUCAAGAUGUGUCAAAUCUUUCGGUGCUUAAUGACUUUCGAAGGUUAAGCAUACGAUGUUAUGAUGAGAAUGUUUGUGCGCGCGCGCAUGGAUGCUUUGUUCUUUUGAUUAAAAUAAGAAGCCCGGGAAACCAGCUGAUACUUCACAAUUUCGGAGUCAGUUGGAUGCACUGGGCCUGCGCAUUGUUGACAUAACAGCAGAUGGUAAUUGUUUCUUCAGAGCCCUUGCUGAUCAGUUGGAAGGUAAUGAAGAGGGACAUCAAAAGUAUCGCAGCAUGGUGGUGAAACACAUAAUGGACAAUCGGGAAAUGUUUGAGCCCUUUAUUGAAGAUGAAGUCCCCUUUGAUGAAUAUUGCCAGACGAUGGAAAAUGAUGGUACAUGGGCUGGACAUAUGGAAUUGCAGGCAGCUUCUCUUGUGUUACAUAGUAAUAUAUGCAUUCACCGGAACAUGUCACCUCGUUGGUACGUAAGAAAUUUUGAUGAUUGUCGAGCUCGUAUGAUCCAUUUGUCUUAUCAUGAUGGGGAGCAUUAUAAUAGUGUGAGGUUGAAGGAUGAUCCUUGUGAUGGGCCUGCAAGGUCAAUUGUAAUUAAGGUUCUUAUUGGAAUUCUGUUACCUGACUCUCAAAUUAAUAUUAAUAGUAGCUAUUGCCUGAUUAAUUCUAGUUUGUUUAAGGCUGAUGCUGAUCUUUCAGCGACAUCACAUCAAGCAAAAGUUACGGCUAACAAAGCCCAUGCGCAAGCUGGCAGGGAAUCAUUUCAGCCAGGUUCUAUAAAGUUGGUUAUGGCUGGAAGCGGAUGCGAAAACACUGAAAGAGUGGAACAGAUUCUAGAGCAGGUAAACGGAGACAUCGAUGCUGCAAUAGAGUUCCUAAUUGCAGAACAAGGAGAAGAAGAGUGGUCUACAAAGUGUGAUUCCUCUCCUAUUCAGGCUGAUGCCUAUGGUCAUGAUAAAAAUGAGAAUAGUGAACAACAAAAAGAAAAUAUAGUAGAGAACAGCAUAAAUGCUGAAUCAAGUAAAAGCUCCAGGAAGACCAAUGAACGUAGCACAUGUCAACAAAACGACACGCAGAAGAUUUCUAGAAACAAAAUGUGCCCAUGUGGUUCAAAAAAGAAAUACAAAGCUUGUUGUGGAACAACCUUGGCUAGACAAUCUGCACGGUUUGUGGUUAACCAAGCAGCCGAAUCAAGAAGGAGCAAAAGAGACAGCAAGCAGGGAAAGAAAGGGGUUUCGUCAAAAGCGGAUGUGUCUGGUGACUAUGAUUCGGUGACACCCGACAUGGGCGCACUUUGUAUUUGAGUUCAUUAUAAAUGUAAGACUCGUAUUGUGGAAUACACCACCUCUUCAUUGCUUCAAGAUAAUGGUUCGCGAGUUCUUGUCCGCUCCAGAUGUGGCUAAUUUCUUGUUCCCCCCGAGGAUUAAAAACUACAUCAGGUUUCCUUUUGACAGAGGCUAGUUUUGGACAGAAGGAUGGACAAUAGGUGGAAUAUUGUUAUAAAAGCAUUAUUUUCUUAUAAUGGAACAACAUGGAAUCAAUUUUUAUAUUGUAAUAUCUUGUGUGAGAAUCAGUUUGGCCUAAAAUAUAAGGGUAACAAAAAUGAUCGAAAUGAUUUAUACUAAUAAAGUUACAAAAUUGUUGGAAGACAACGAAAAUCUGUCUAAAAUUACUAUAUUUUGUAUUUAUUA